AUGGUGCUACGGAUGAAGGAGGAGAUGAAACAACUGAUGGUGGGAGAAAUCCAGCGCUUCAUCAUCCAGAAUGGGUCGCCACACGCCCCUAAAAAGAAUGACAACAUCAGGGCUAGCGGUAACGGUGUGAAGCAGGAAUUGGGUGAGAGCGCGGCUCCAGCAACACGGAAACGUGAGCGGGAGGAGGAAAAGGAGAAGCAGCCGCGUUUCGAGGAGGCGAACAAGGCCAAGCAGGGCGUAACUCUGCCGGAUCAAGCGACACAUCCUAAUCCAGCCCUCUCGGCUACCAGUAUUACUCCUCCUCCUCCUCCUCCUCCUCCUACUGCUACUGCUACCACUACCACUGCUGCUGCCUCUAUUCCUGCUGCUGGGGCCACGGAGACGAAACCGAAACCGAGUGGAAAGAGGGACUUCUUCGGGCGUCUUAUUCCUGAAGGUACAUCGGGACACAAGCGCCCAGCAGCGGGCGGUGCAAAGGCACCAGCGGCAGCGACUGCCGCUGCUGCGAGCAAGUUGACGGUGCAGUACAUUUACCACGACGGAUCCACCAAUGCGGUCAGGAUCCCUGCGUCCUUCGAGGACUUCUAA